GAGUAUUCUAUUACCCUUAAAGGCAUUUAGAUAUUCAUGAUAUAUUCAUAUUACGCCUUAACCAUAACGGGGAAGUCCAACCUUAAACUCCUGAUGCAGAAAGUGGGGGAAGAUAGUGACAUACACGUGAUGGUGGGGCAUUGGGAGGACAAGCCUGCAAGCUUAUCUCUCCUCAGAGCAACUCUCCAACAACAUUCUACAUGCCGUAGUUCCGUACUCAGAUAUCCAUCAUGACAGCUACAGAUGGAAUCCCAGGUCAAGCAGGGCUUCCAACUCCCAAUUCCACAAAAUCUUUCUGGCAUAGUGAACCUUCGAAGAUCUUGCUGGGUCACAGAACCACCGAGAAACUUCCUUCUAGUGCAGAUGUGGUUAUUAUUGGAAGUGGAAUUGCGGGUGCUUCGGCGGCCCAUUGGUUAAGAGAACAUAGGGAGGGGAAGGGUCUUAACGUGGUGAUGUUGGAGGCGAGAGAAGCUUGUUGGGGAGCGACGGGUAGAGUGAGUUAGGCUUUAUCACGAGGUUACACAUUCGGCCGUUCAAAAGCUGACAUAGCUCCAUAAAUUCAGAAUGGAGGACAUUGCCAACCCCUUGUGUACGCUUCACCACCCGAAGUCGGGGCUUUUGAAGUGAGAAACUAUGAGGAUAUCAAGUCUUUCGUCGCCGAGAAUGAUAUCCAAUGUGACUGGAGGUCAUUGUCCAGUUGUCACUCUUACAUGUCGGAAGAUCAGUUUGAACAAGCUGCCAAACUUGCAGAAGCACUCAAGGUUCUAGAUUCAAAGUUGGGCGAUCUAGUAACCAUCAUCACCAAAAAUUCCACAAAUCCCUCAUUAUCCGACCUCCGAAUUCCUACAGCGGCUGGCGCUAUUACGACCUCCAAAGCUGCUUCUCUUUGGCCUUAUAAAUUAGUCUCCUGGAUUCUCGAAGAUUUGGUUUCUAAGAAUGAUUCCACAAAUUCCCCAAUAUUCAACCUCCAAACUUCAACGCCUGUAACCAGCCUUCAAAAGUCAUCUUCAGCAUGGAUCAUCCACACUCCUCGUGGCCAAAUUUCGACUCCCAAAGCCCUCCUUACAACAAACGCCUAUACAUCUCAUCUCCUUCCCUCAUUCUCCGAUCUCAUCGUUCCCGUCCGCGGAGAAAUGUCUUCCCUUCUUCCUCCAUUCUCCGUGUCACCAUCCAUAGAAUCCUCAAAUAAACCCCUCGAGUACUCUUACAGUAUCAUGGGCCACGCGGGUCAAAACAUAAACCGAGAUGAUUAUCUCGUCCAAAGACCUUUUUCGACAACCUCAUCACAAUACGGAUCCGGAGGCGAACUGAUGUUCGGCGGUGGUCGCCAAUAUGCCGCCCAAGCUGGCAUGGGUGUCUUCGACGACUCAUCAAUUGAUCCUCCCGCAGCAGAUUAUCUCCGCCGCGAAUUGCCUCGUGCAUUGAAUCUCCACAACAAUCAAGAGGAACUGAAGUCUACUUAUGAGUGGAGUGGGAUUAUGGGAUUUAGUAGAGAUAAUUCGCCUUGGGUAGGGAAUGUUAGUGAGAAAUUGGGAGGUGGAGACGGGUUAUAUGUUUGUGCCGGAUUUACUGGACAUGGUAUGCCGACGGCGAGGUUGAGUGCGAAGGCAGUGGUGGGGUUGAUGAUGGGAGAGGAGGUGGAUAGUGUUGAUUUACCGGGCAGGUAUGUGCUGAGCGAGGAAAGGGUGGAUAAGGCGAGGAUAUUGGAUGUGGUAAAGGCUGCGGAUGAGAUGGGUCAUUUUUAACAGGAUGAUGGAUAGGUUAUUUGGUUAGUGCUUGAGGUAUACAUAAACGGCCACUUCAAAUCUCAACAGUAUUAUCUUAUCAUCAUCAUUUAUAUGACCUGGCCUAUUCAUCCCCCAAUAUCCUCUUCAUGUCGCCCUCCUUGAAACAUACUAUUAUUUUUACUCGCCCAUGCAAUCAUCAGAUGAGUUCACCUUGCAAGUUGCAACUACGACUUCACCGACCGCCGGAAAGUCUAAGGCCAUGACGAAAACGAGAUUCAGUUUCUCCACAAAUGAAGAAUUUUGAAGAUAAAUCUGGUAUGGACUUGGUGCCAACAAGACCUCAAGAUGGCUACGUACCAGAAUUUGGGAGCCCAGCUUCUCCGCUUAAGUUUCGGAGUUGAAAAUUUCAUCCUCCAUGAUCUCUUUUUUGAUGAAAAUCGAUUCGACGACUUCCUUUUUGAUGAAACCUUGCUCUCUGGUGUCCUCUUGCUUCAUAAUGUCGUUUUCGGUAGACUGCAGCUUAGUACUUUCGU